GUGGUUCUGAUGUCAAUUUCGCUAGUGUCGCCCUGGAGAGCCAUUAACGAUAUAUUUGCAACGCAAACGAGCUUUGCUCUCGCGAUCAUGCAGAACCACCAACGAUUUGCAUAAUCUUCGAUGUAGUGUGCGAAAACACAAGCCUAAACCUGUCGGCUAUUCAUUUCAUUUUGGGUCGAUGAUCAGGUAUAUAGACAAUGUAUAGCAGCCGUUACGUCUGCUUCUAGAUUACAGCACUCACUCGGUAACAAGUCAAAAUUAGCAUUCAGCAGUGAUCAUCAAGUUUAAAUAAUUCAACCAUCAUGUAAAAUUCAUCCGUAGAAAAAGAUGUCUCUCUCCUGCUGCGGUCGAUGAACAUUAAGACGUUCGUCUUGACUUGUAAAACGACGAUCGAUUAUUUUACUUAUCAGGAUUAUUCUCGCUUCAAGCGCCAUCUUUGAUGCCAUUGCAUGGGUCAGUGCCAUGAAGUGGAAUCUACUUUUGCUUUCAUUAGCCUGUAUGGCAAGCUUUGUCAAAGGUAAGUUAAUAAACCAACUCAGCUUAAAACAAAAAGCUCAUGCAUUUAUCUUUACGACUCGUGUUUUAAAAACUUUUGUAUAUUGAGUACGCCUGCACUGACUUUCCAGAGUUUUAUAAAUGUUUCAGUAAGCAAUAUGUCAGUAUUGCAACAGUUUUACUCAAAUUCUAUGUUUAUGCUAUAUUACGAAAUUAUCCUCAUAGAUUUACUGUGACGGCAAACCGUAUAUCGAUCCUUAACUAAAACUGGUUUCAUCGUAUUGUGUUAAUUGAGUUGCGUAUUUCACGAGUACAUACUGAGUUUGUGUACUCUGGAGAAACAUUAACAGUAACCACUUUUUUUUUGAGAAGUGAAAAUCGAUAGUACUUUUUAUUGUUGUUCAAUUAUAUUUCCAUAAUAUAUUGUGAUGUUUUUUAUUUCCAUUCAGCGUGGUUAAACCGAAGUACUUGAAUGAAGGUCUUGAAUAUGCUCUCUUCACCUAGAGAUAAGAGAGGCAUUAAAGGCCGGAAGAUCUAGCACUGUUGCUAGGUUUUUUUCCCCUGCCGAUUGAUUAAAUAUCACUUAAUAAGAUUAAUGAUAAUGUACAGAAUGUCAGAAACUAAAGAACGAUUGUUAGAGGAUUACUCAAUUUAUAUUUUCUCGCAUUGGUUGCUUAAGUUGUUGCAUACCUUAUGACGAAAGAGCUGCACUAAAUUCCCACCAUUAACUUCCGCACACUAAAUAAUUCAUGAUGGAAGAGCUUGACCGCUAUUACUCAUAAAUCAGUUUAGCUUAUAAGAUAUUAAGACUUGGAAGUUCAAUUCCAUUCCUCCUUUUAAAACACUGUUCUUGAGCUUAGAGAAAUCAAUGAAAUUAAACCUGAGACUGAGAUGUUUUGCAUAGACGGAGUUUUUCAAAGGCGAAGAAAGAAAGACUGUAAAUACUACACCUGCAUUUACAGCGCACCGUGGAUUGUAAAUUACAAACAGAGUCCAGUUAUAAUACCAGUUUGGGCUUAUUCGCACUGUAUGUGCUCCAAGCAAAUUUCUGUUGUAAAUCUAAAUUUUCUUUCAAAUUGUAUGUCUUAGUGCCGACUUUGGGCCGGUAUAGUCUUCUAAACAACAUACUGUUUAAUAACUUUCAACAAGGUUAAACCUGUUCAAUGGGUUUUUCUAUCAUGAUUUUUAAGACAUGGCCGUCAUGAAACUGAGCAUACACACUUACUGCUUCGAAAGAUUACCCUCAUCUUCUUUAGUGCUAUGUCGAAAUCGGAACCCGGAGGCCUGGAUCGGAACAGUAACGGUUCGCAGGCUCCAAGAAUCCGCUUACAUCACGACAGACUCCGUUUUGUCCGCGUCGCAUUAUCUGAUCCUGGAUUAUAAUUCAUUCAAAAUAUUUCCCCGGUUCUGAUUGGUUAAAAGCACAAGCAUAAUUCACCAUAACCAGUUACGGAUGACCAAAUUUGGAAGUAUUUUGUGUUUAACGAGGAAAUGACGUCAAAAAUGCAGCCUUCUACAGGUUAAUGCACCGUUAACCGAGAAGACCUGGGGGCGAGGUUGAGUUGUUUUCGUUGUUAAAAUUAAAAUGGCGAACACUUCACUCGUUUCAAGAGCAAGAACUACAGCUGGAACUAGGCGAAAUAAUGGCUAAAAACACAGCAAAAACAGCAAGAAGACAACUUGGAGGGCGACAUCUGCUGUUUGGGGAAUAUUCACGGAGCUGGACAAACCUAAACGUACACUAUCGAAGAUAAACUUAACAUCGAUGCAGGUAAGCAUGUUUAGGUAUGUUUUUAAACUAGGAAUUAUUUUGAAUGAAUGAUAAAGCAAUUAAUGAAUUCGGCUUUCGUACGAUAUGAAGAAUUAAGCAGAUGGAGGAGGGUGUUAUCCACCUCUGCCUCUGUGGAUAACACUCUCCUCGAUUUGCUUAAUUCUUCAUAUCCUACUCAGCCUCAUUCAUUAAUUGCUAAUUAACGAACAGCAAUAUUGUUAUUUCACCAGGGAAAUAAAUUGUUCAGUGUUAAACUGAAAUUACCCGCGGCCUAUGAAAACCGACAUAUAGGUAGACCUUAAUUAGUUUUGGUGGCACUUUUUCACAGACGCUGAAUUCGUAUAUCCAUAAAAUCGUAGAUAAAGUAGCUGAAAGACAGCUUGAAGUAAGUGAAAAAAAGCAAUGAGAAAAUUUUAAAAAGGAUCGAGACUUUUUGGCUGUAUUUUUUAUAAAUCACAAACUUAACUGUCUCGUGUUCUUUCUUCACAGGAGUUUCCUUUGAUUACGAGUUUAUACCGUUAACUCCGACGCUGAACGAAACUAGCCCUCCUGGUAAGAAUUACUGAUGCUAUUUGGCCCGAGUUUAACCGCGACAUAUCGUGCGUUUGCACACAAAGUAAUCUGUUUCAUCAAUGAGUCGAUUGCGUCAGUUUGCUACGAUAAGCUGACGUUCCGAGCGUUAGCCGUUCUUCACCAGUGCCAACACACUAUUUUUUUUUCAAGUUAUCGCCUCCGCAUGUGGAUACACCCAGUUCGUGCCCAAGUAGAAGAAUGGGCCUUAGUACUCUUUGAUGACCAAUCUCGCUAAUGUUAAAAGCAUGUAAACUAAGGCUUGAAUAACCAUUGCAAAAACCGUAGGUUUCUGGCAGGAGACUUCAAUAUUAAGAAAUGGUCAAGGGCCGGGUAUAUUCAAAUUCAAAUUCAAGGUAGACAGACUGUACAUUAUAGUAGUUGCUAAAAAAUAUAUCUAGGGAUCUUUAUAUUAAGAUCCGACGACGGCGACGGCAACGAUAACGAUAAAAAGGGUAAUAGGUUUCAAACCAACAACUCCGUACGUGCAGCACACUUUUUUUUCUACAUUUCUUUGCCGUCACAGAAGGACUACGACGUGAAAAUGCCUAACUUUACGUUUCAUGGAGAAAGUAAACAAGCCACGACAAGAUUUUCUUUCUCUUUCUGAACUUGGAUACGGUUUUUAGGAAUUCAACUACAGGAGAGUUCGCCUACAAUUGACAAAGUAAGCGCACUUGAAUAAACACGAUGAAGACUGGAAGAACGCGAAUUCACUUUUUAAACGACGUUUUCGCUACCGUCGUCGUCCUCGGAUCUUAAGGUCCCUAAUAAUGUAAGAAAUUUAUCAAGAAAAUCCGCCACUUUUUUGGGGUGACCUGUGUGCGUGCAUUCGUAAGCUCGAUACACAAGUAUCACCUGUCAUACUUUUGGACCCACUGCCUAAAAAGAAAACGAUAAUUAUAACAGUGGCCAUUUAAAACUACUCUAGGUGCUGUGUACUGUGUCCCUAAAUGGCAGUUGUGGAAUUGCACGUAUUUUAGGCAUCCUACUGAUGAACAGUUAGGACACGCCUAAUAUUAUCUCCCAUACCACAUGGGCAUCUCACCGUUUGCCUCAAUUGCGUUUGCAUGGAAAUCAGUGUAAUUGGGUAACAACAACAAUACUUCAUUAUCUCUUCCGAUGGGGCUAUUCUGCAAUAAUUUACAAAGGAAUAAUACUGAAUUACCUAACGUUUCAAGUAUUUAUUAAAAAAACUAAGCUAAAAGGACAGAAGGAACGCUGAGCGGUAGCAGUUUACAAAAGGGAGAUUGUAAUUAUGCCUUGUGCAUGCUGUAACUAUGUGCAUCCGACCUUUUGCCGAUUUUACUGGCUAGGUACUGGGUCGUUAAAUUAACAUAAGUAUAAAGCAAGUAAUAUUGCCACCAUUUUGCAUUAGCGGGUUUCAGGUUCGGUUUCUUUUGGGUGAAGUGGAAACUCUUUUUUUCCAAGUCUCCUGGCCAUGGGUCACUGGCUAAACAGAAAUCGUUUUCUUUUACAAUUAAUAUGUGUUUUUUGUUUCAACUAAUAAACCUAAAGUCCUCCUUCAGGUUUGUGAUUCAUCUAGAAUCUAUCUCUAUCUCUCUAGUUAUCUUUCAUUCGUUUUUUUAAGGUACUAUUGUGACAACGGUACAAGUUUCAGUACCUCACGGCGGUGUGCAUUAUUUUCUCGAGCCGGGAACAUCUCCAAACCAAAACGAUGUGAACUGGUUUCAUAUAAACAACACAACUGGUGUUAUUACAGUCGCAAAAGCUCUGGAUAGAGAGGUACAUCCAUAACAUAUAACAAAACAUAAAACUUUUUUUUGGAUAUUAGCGAUGUUGCGACUAAAUCUCACAGAAGCGAAUGUUUUUUAAACUCCUUAAAAGCCUAGGCACUAUCAUUAUUUAGCAUUGCAGUAGAUUUUUAACAAAAGUCUUCUAUUGUUAUCAACAUGCUUUCAAUCCUGUUUCAUGGGUGUUGCAUAACUACGACGGAAACCCCAUUCACCUUCGUUAAAUAAUUUGUUGUCUUAUACCAGCCUCAAUUAUUCACCAAAGUAUACACAGUAUACAUACCCAAAAUCUGUGAAAUUCUAGAUUACUAACUAGUUGUAUCUAAUCGGUUCUCCAAGAGUGAACCGCCUUAUACUUUUUUCUUAGUACUUUUUUUCUUGAAAAAAAUGUAUUUUUCUCUGGCAGGAAUCUGGAGGCCUUUUGAAAUUUAACGCAAGAGCUCGUAAAAGCGGGGACCCCGUUCAGGUAAAAGCGCUGUUGCCAAGUUAUUUUUUCGUCAUUUUUGAUCAUUUUAGACCAGAACAUUGAGAGGUGAAUAGGCGAUUAUAUAAGUUGGGAUAAUUAUUUUUGCUCACACUUCACAGUAAAAACUAUUAGUAAACAAUACGUCUUACUCCUGCACUUUGUUCAUGAAAUAAAUGAAUGAAAUAUGUCGCGGUUGAGAAACGGACAACAGACGGGUCCUCUUUUCAUUAUAUAUCUAAAUCAUUAUUUGUUAGCAGCAAGCUCAGACGACAGCAUAAAAAGGCGCCAUUGGCAGCCGCUAUCGGUCCAUUUGAGGGCUUACUAAGCUACUGUAAUCCAGCCAGCACCAGCCCACCGUGUUAACUUCUUCCACGCUUCUCGAAAGGGAGUAUGGGUUUGUUUACGUCCCCUUUAAUCAACCUCGUUGCCAGGGUUCUCUCCUACCCGUCCUUAUGGAUCGAGAGAGGAUUCAACGAACAAAUUUUUGGGGCCGUAACUGUGCUUAAAUUUCUCAGGACGCUCGCGUUAGAUUUUCCAUAUAUUUGGCUUCAAUUUUUCCCGGGAAAUUUUAGUCGACUGGAAGAAAAAUUUUUUCAGGCAAAUUUAUAGAAAAUUUUAAAAAGUAGUUCUAUCUCAUGUAGCUGCAUGUAAUGCCCUCAAAUUUUUUCAGUAGAAUCGUUAAUUAUGAGUGAAGCAGUAGUUUACAGUUCAUAUUUAUUUUAGAACAGCCGUUUUACAGGAAUUAUUCAACAUUAGAUUCUUAUACAAACACUGUAAUUUCUCGCGCGGUUUCCUACCCGUCAAGAUCGCUUCCAAAACCUUGACAAGGUCUGUUCCACACUCGUAACGUGAGCUUGGGGUGCCUGUGAUGAAAAAAGAGUGAAGGAGACAAGGCUAACGGUUUAACGUGCCUCACCACCAAAGCAGAUUCUAAAGUAUUUUAUUUCAUGCAUGGGUUUCAGUUCAUUAGGAAUGAACACAGUAAUACAGUGCUUACGAAAACUCAGAUUGUUAGCCCAUAAAAGCAAACCCCACCAAAUUUGUAAAUAUCAUCUAAAUCUUUUCUUAAUAGAGAUGUUUAACUGAAGGUCAUUUAUUGUUUAUCUUUGCCAUAAAUGAUACCAGCGUGUUACUUGCCCAAUAAAAAUUUGUUUUCAAUUUCAGUUUUGAAUGCAAAUAAUAAAGAUGACACUUAUAAUUUGGACUAUUGUCGUGUUUUCCACAGGGUAUAAAGCGAAUUUUUGUCACUGUUUUAGACGUUAAUGACAAUUAUCCUCAGUUUGAAAACUCACCUUAUGACGUCAAUGUUUCCGAGGUAAGCAGACGCGAGGUUACUAUUCUUUUUUCAGAUUUAAUUAUUUUAGGAAUGUUGUUUCCUUCUAUAUUAAGUCGAUUUUUUUGUGCGACUGUUUGAAUCGCAAAAUGAGCGACGAAACUCUAAUUUGCGCUUAAUCUUACAAUAGUUGCAGCUUAUCUAAAGACAACUAGGUCACACCUACCCAGACCACAACCGAAGCUACUCUGGAAUUCCUUACAAAGUUUAAAUAUUUCAUGUGUUCUACUUUUUCUCUCAUCUAUUUGUAACUAUUUGUAUGCGGGUGUUAAUUCAGCUACGGUGCAGACGUUAUUGUUAAGCUCCGAUUUCUUGAUUGGAAACUACUGGCUUUUUUUUUUUACUUUUUUCUCUGCCAGUCAUCAGUUAUCUUAUAAGUGUAUGAAUAGAACGAUGUAGAUAAUAUAUGUAAAUACAUAUAAUCUGUGUCUGCCCUGCCUCUAGUGUUUCUGCUACUUUGCUGCUGUUGUUGUUGAUUUGUAUGUUCACACUCAGUGACCUCUAUCCCUACUCCCAAAUAUUCCUACAGCUAGAAAAUUGAAGGGAAGAUGGAGAGAGAGAAGGUGUCUCCUUCUUUGACUCCCGCCAACUCCCCCUGCCCAGAUCAUGCGCGUCUUAUUUCGCUUGGCUUGUUUUCGCGACACCCCUGUCAUCUGAGAGCCCGGCAAAAGCGUAGGUGAAACACGCUGAAAGGUAUUAUUUCUUUUGCUAAAUUUCAGAUUACAAAACUUGGAGAAGUAGUGUUAACCGUGUCAGCCAGUGACAGAGACACGGAUAAUCACUUUGGUGUCGUGUCUUAUGGGAUUGCUGGAGGAAAUACGGUCAGUUAUUAGACAAAUAAAUCCUAGGGCGAGGCCUGUGGUAUUCGGUAGGAAGCAGGGAGAAGGAAAUACUCGAUUAACUGGCGACAAGAGAGGAUAAAGGGGACAGAGAAGGCAUCCUCCGUACACACCCUAUUCCAUAGGUAAUUCGUCUCGAGUUAUUUUUAAGACCACAGAUCCCAAGGGGGAUUGGACAACAGCCAAUCACAUAGCGCGAAUGUGUUCUGCGUGGAUGAUCUACGCUCAGAGCCACGCGUCCUUCACGAAUUGAGGCAGAAAAAAAUGGCGGUAGACUUGGAGAGCGAUAUUGCUCUUCGUUUUGUCAACGAAAACGAGAGAUUUCUGCUAAAGCUGUGUCAGCGAAACGAAAAUUAAAAAAGAAUCGCCGUUCAUCUCUUGCAUAGAGCUAACAGUAGAGCAGGGAAAUCCUUAACACACUGAAUAUUCACUCAGGAUCAUUUAUAAUUUACAGUUUAAAGAGAGCAAUUUCUGGUUUGAUAUUUAUUCUUUCAUUAGUCUUUUAGUAUUCAACAAAAUAACACUUGGCGUCCUAUAAUAAUAAUAAUAAUAAUGACAAUUUAAUAACUUCUAAAGCGCUAUUUACAUUCACUGAUCAACAGCGCUUAACAACUUAAAAACCUACAAUAAAAUUCAAAUUUGUAAAACUAAUUACACGUACAUGAAUAUUACUUGCUACUUGCUUUAUUGUACAAACGACCGGUUUCAAUAGACCUGCGAAAUUUCUCAUUUUUUUAAAGCACUGAGGUUACGAUAACUUCGAGUUAAACUGAUUUCACGGGUUGUCAAAGAGUCGAGCGAUUCCCUUUUCCCAGGUGAGCGCCGACUCAUUUCCCUUCAAUAUUCAGGAAUGCUCUCGAUCUCUUUAGGCUUUCAUUACCCUUCGCCCGACAUGUUUUGCACGGCGUUUAGUCAUGCGAAACCUCCACGAAACAUCCACGCAGCGCGCGAGGUAACUUUAUCCCGAUUCUAAAAAUAACUCGAGACGAAUUACCUAUGGAAUAGGGUGUAUAUGGGGGAUGCCUUCUCUGUCCCCUUUAUCCUCUCUUGCUGCCGACUAUCAUGGAUUUUUUUUUUGAAAAUAUUAAAAUAUAGGCUGCAGUUUACUGCUUAAGUUUCAGUUUCAAGCAGGUUGUGGGGUUAAUUAAACCGGGAUGGGUUGUAGCUCUUAGAGAGCAUCAGUUCUACAGGGCGAUGUGAAUUAUUUUUGGGGAGCAAGUCAUUUGAAAUGCUUCCCCGGCCUCCAACCCCCACAGGCAAUUUAAACCUUUUUCUUCGUAAUAUGAACAGAGUUGCCUCUAAAAGCAAUCAGUUCUUUUUUUGAAAAUUUCUAUUUAUUUCUAUGUCAGCACAGUCCUUUUACAUUGAUCUCUUUAAUUACAGCCUCUUCCAGGCUCGAGAUAGUAAUGUGCAGAGAUCGUGAAAAACUGAUGCCAAAAACGCGGGGACCGGGCGUCUUAUUUUCGUUAGGUCUCUACUCAUCAGAGAGUCUGGUGCAGGCGAUUUAAUCAGUGCGUCGUUCUCCUGAUGUUUAUUCUGAAAGUUUUACAUUACGUUUCUAUCUUACAGGGGGAGGCGUUUGAAAUCGACCCUACAAACGGACAGAUAUCUUUAAAAAAGCAGCUAGAUUUUGAAAGCUCAAAUAAAAUUUACUAUCUGAACGUAACAGCAACGGUAAGUUGAAAUGAAACAUUCUAAUAUACCAAGAGAGAAUGAGGUGAGAGGAUAAAUAAUAUUUGUAAUAAUAAUUAUUACAUUUUGAAUAAAAUGUGGGAAAAAGUAUUUAAUAUUCAAGUUUGUAAUUUCCUUUUGAUAAUAACUGCGUCCGUAACCGUAAUUUUUAAUUCAUUUUUGAAAAAUUGUAAUUGAGGAGGCCUAAUCAACAUAAGCUUUAUAGUUUCCUUUAGGCCUCCUCGGCAUUAAUUUCUUCGUUUUCGUAUCUUUUUUGUAAUUGUAAUCAAGUAAUUUAUCUGUAUCGGAAAAUAAAUGCAAAAAUACAGAAUACGGUAAAAAAAAACUGACCGGCGUGCACACUUUUCGCAAGAUCAGGGAGUGACUAAAACUAGGAACUAAAUCAUUAGAAAUGUUAGCCUUCCUCAAAUUUGGCCCCCAAAAAUGGCCUUCCCCUAAAUUUACCAGCACUUCCGCUAGUAACUAAUGACCAAUCGCUAAUCGAUGAGAAAGGAGUCAGUGACACUCAGGCCAAUGACGUAUAGUUACUUUCUUACUUUGCAGUGCUGGCAAGCUAACUGUGACAUAGAUUCAAACAAAUGAUAAUAGUGUGAAUAGCUGUGAAGAAUAUGAAAUUGAACUUUAGACCAAUCUUAAAAAAGAUAAAGUUUAUAAUUAGCUAAUUAAUUAAUUUUACUGAAACCAAAGUAUUAUUUCUUCAGAAUUGUUAUCUCCUAGACAAUAAGUCUUGCUAUUACUUUUGCAGGAUACAUAUGGAGACGGCAAUCAAAACUGGACGAUAGUAACCAUUACGGUUACUGAUGGAGAUGACUUGCCAGCAAGAUUUUCAAAGUAUUUAUAUGAAGUUUUAGUGGAUGUUAACACGCCUAAGGUAGGGGCUUCAGAAUCAAUGCAACUUUAUAGUUUAGUUGUUAAAAAAAGUUAAGUUUAUGCACUUCUUGAUUUCAAUUCAGUCUACGGAACAUGGUUAGAAAACUUAGAAUAAGAGGUACACAUAAAAAAGCAUGAUUUUUAAAGUUAUAUUGUGGGCUUUUGAUAGAAAUGAACAGAACUUUAAGGGUAAAACUUAGUUCUAUGAUUGUCUGUGACAACUUAGAUCAUACAGUCUCACCUCGCUUUACUGACAUCCGCUCACCCCUUAUUUCGGACAGUUUUCCUUGUAUCCAACGCUUACAUUUGCUAGAAAUUCAAACCACUUCACACAGAAACUUCUCAUGGUUCACCAGUGAUUGACUAUGAAUUGAAGUUUGUCUAAAUGCAGUUUUUAGUAAAAUCGGUAUGACUAUGACAGUUAAAAACGAAAAACUUUGAAAUCGAUAAAAUCAGAAUUUUGAGCGGUCCUGAGACUUGCUAGUGAAAAUCCGACACCAGGAACUUACAGUGUGGUGUUUAGCAAAAAAUUCUGUAUGAUUGAAUUCAAAUGAAAUGAAUAUCUCUGAAACGGCUCGACAGAAUUCUUUUUAUACCUCAUCACAUAAUCUUCAUGAUGUAUAUAAUAAUGUCUUUUGAAUAAUGUCUGAAACUUUCAUUAAAAUUGAUUUACUAUUAUAACACCUUGAAAUCUUGAGACAAACCUAGCCUACGAACCGGCCAAAAAUCCGCGUUACAACAUUCACGGUUUUGACGUUAUGCUAAUUUUUCCAAAUUAAUGCCCAUCAUACAUCCACUCAUUGCUAGUAUCAAUCAAUUAAUCAAAAGAGAAUAGAAAGAGUAGAGUAGGAACUCUCGACAAACCCUUUUGGUUUUGGGCUUAACAAGGAGAGCCCCUGCUGUAAAGUAUAAAAUGUUUAACACGUAAUCAACAUGUGAAUGGCUGUACUUGUUUAUAUUUGGUAUGAUUAUAUUACCUCAAUAAAUCAAUAUAAUAUUUUUUAAUCUUUUUCUUAAAAAUAUUAAAUGAUUCUGAGGUUUCUAUGAAGGUAAGGUUGUUCCAAAUUUCACGUCCUUUAAAUAUGAUAGAAUAUUUAUAUAAUACAUUUCAAUGUGAAUGUUAUCAAUGUUUUACAUUCAAAAUAUGCAAUAAAAUUCAUUUUAUCGAUUUCAAAAUCUUUCGUGUAUUGUUUUCAUGGUGAUAUCGAUUUUACUAAAAACUGAAUUUUGACAAACUUUAAUUCAUAGCCUUUCACUGGUGAAAAUUUUGUAGCGAUAGGACAAGGAUAAUAUCAGUUUUAAGGUGACAGAAAAACAUCAGUAUGGUCUCCAAAAAACUGUAUCGAAACACUUGUUAUCCUUGACUUGGUGGUGAAUUUCCUGAAAGAGAGGAAAUAUAAUGGCAUUAUACUUAAUUUUCUUGACAUCUAUUGUUUUACAAGGGGCUUGAAGUAGUCAAAGUGCAUGCUGAGGAUCAAGACACAGAGAAAGCGCCUGUCUUUUACGAAAUCUACCCAGGUUGGUCCGUGUGGUUUUCGUGUUGUUCGCAAGUUUGCAAUAAAAUGUGAAGAAUAAAAGUGCGGGUCCUAGCUAAACUCGUACAUUUUUUUAACUGAUAGUUUGUCACAUUAAUUGCAAAACUAUUGAAACCUUGAUUUUGAAUGUAAACAAUACCAACUUUCCAGGCAUAUUAAUUAUAGGGACAUUUGAGAAACUGGCCCCAGAUAAUAAGUCUCCCUAUGCCCUGCCCCUACCAUUUGGGCUGCCAUCCAUGCGCCGAUCGGAACAGCGUCUAGAUCAUUAUGAAAUCACGAUCUUCUCUCCAGUUUAUGUUCCAGUCGCUGGUUAUUUAUUUGAAGAAACUUUUCCUGUGUUAUCUUGCAGCAAUUGAUCCCGAACAGUCGUUCUUGAUCAAUAAUUUGACAGGAUCAAUUACAGUAAAUAAAAACCUCACGCGGACCUCUUAUCGCCUGAUUGUAACUGUAAGUAAGAAUAAUUGGAAUAAAAAGCUUUCAUAAAUUGAUCGAUUAUUUAAUCAAGCAAUUAAUUAAUUCAUCUAAAGGGAAACAUUUAGAAUCAUGUUUGUGACAAACAGCAAAAGUUAAUUUGUAGCACCUUACCGAACCGAAUUUAUGUUCAUGAUAUCUACACAAAUAAUUUGACGCCGAUUUUUCUGACGAUUUUUAUCCCUUUGUUCCGUAAUUUUAGGAACUGUCAACCUGAAGCUGACGUUUACUAUCUGAAAGUCACACUAAAUCUCUGUCAGUAACAGUCAUGAAAAAUCCGAGUUUUCCAUGGCAUUGCUUGCUUGGUUUGUCAUUUUUUAGGGUACAUCAUUUGUUUUUUAAAGGUUGUAAUAUGGUUAAACUUUCAAUUCUCAUCUUUCAGGCCAUGAAAAAACAUUUAGGGAUUAGAUAAAUGCUUCCCACUCACUUACUUAAAGAUCUUUAUCCGUCACCGUUGAGAAUUAAUUUGUUUCUAUUUUGCGUCUCGUAGGCCAAAACAACGACUCAUCCUCCUGCAUUUGCGUUGGUCGUACUGCAUGCAGGCGCGAUGCCUAACCGAACAUUUGAAGCCUUUGUCCAGGAGAACAAAGCAAACACUGUAAUCUAUGACUUAGAGGUACAGUUUCUUCUUGAGCACCAAACUGAACAUUGGAAAUGUGUAUUUUAUUCCUUUACCCAAACUGUUACUCGACUAUUAUCUUAUUAUAUUGCAGUCUGUGGAACAAUACUUUAACUUGUCAGACCCUGUGUUCGAGAUUGUUCAUGGUGAUGAGAUAAAUAAGUUCAUCAUAAACCAGACAUCAAAGGAACUCAGAGUUGGAUCUCAGGCAUUGGAUAGAGAACAGCGCGCUCAGCAUACUGUGAUUAUCGAGCUUCUUAGUAAUGGAAUUAACAGAGGAUUUGCAAGGGUAUGUUUCAUCAACUUCAUUUUCAACUUCUCCUAAAAUGAUCUCCAUGUGGUCGUGAGUUUUUCAACUUCAUUCAACAAAAUUUUUCAAAGGAAACGGUCUGCAUAUUUUCAAGCGUAAUCCUUACCUGGGGCCGGGAAACUAACAUUUCCUCAUUUAACGAGAUCAUGAACAUCUCUUUGAUGAAAGCUUUAGGACGCGCCUUGCUGCUCAAGGCUGCGGCUGCUGUUUGAGCUGGAGCGGCGAUGGAGCGCUAGCUCGCGCUUCAGUUUGCAGAAGAUCCGUACCACUGGCUUCUUGUUGCAGCCGCUUCCUAGUGAAAGCCCGAGCUUUCGCCAAGGCUACAGUUUCCGCCGGGGCAUUUAUAAUCAUGAUCAUGAUCAUCUCUAUUAUCAUUAUCAUUAUCAUUAUUAUUUUUAUUAUUAUUACUAUUUUUAUUAUUAUCAUUAUCCUUAUUUUUUUAUUAUCUAUUGAGCGUUUUAAUAGAGUCAGAACAUUUAAAAAGAAAAUAGAAAAAACGUUAAAAAAAACGUUUAUAAAUCCUUAGAAAAACUUUCGAGACAUUCAAGAGUGCUUUGAUCCCUACAUAAGAAAUUGAAAAGUAACUUUGCCGACUUUUAAAGAUAAGAAUUGGCUGAUUUUCUCCGUUUUACUCUUUUGGUCAUUCUCUUCGUUUUUUUUUUGUUAAUUUCUUAGAUUGUCGUCAGCGUGUUGGACACAAACGAUAACACGCCCGAGUUCCAAGGCCAAGCUUCUGUGAACGUGAGAGAAGAUACCUCAGCGGGGACCGAUAUUCUUACGUUAACAGCAACAGACCGUGAUGCUGGGCUGAAUGGAACAGUGUUGUACGAGAUAAUAAGCGGGAAUGAACAAGGUAAAAGGAAAAACAACUGAUACAGAGUCAUCCCUCUUUACUUGUAAGAUUUUGGAAAUUGUUGGCACUCGCUAACACUCUGUGUCCACCUUAAAGAGCUUUGCUUGACAUUUGCCAGUAUUUUGAAGUUGUUUGUAAUACCACAGGGUCCAGAGGAGAUGUGUUUGUCGUUAGAACAUCAAAACCCGUCGAAAACCUCUGAAAAAAUGGGUUAUUUUGAUCGCGUUACAGUUUCGUUACACACUCUUUAGACCGCAAACCAAGAGACUGAGCGCUCGCAAGAUCGGCUUUCUUUUACUCGGCACUUCGUGCCUCGGUCGCCCUUCGGGCGACGGCCUUCGGUCACCCUUCGGGCGAUGUGCCGUGCGCCAGCGAGGAUAUGGCUUGCGGCUAUUGAUCUGGGUCAGAUAAGAAGCGAAGAAAUCGUUUACAGUAGAUUUAUAAAGAUCCCAUUGGGCUAAUUAAUCGUGCUAAGUGACAGGUAUAGACAUUCCUCAAGGUGAGACUUUAAAUAAGUAAUUCAUUUAUUCACACGAAACUCCUCUGGACCCUGUGGUAAUACUGGGUCAGAUUUAUGUCCUGUUGCGCUAUGGGAAUGUUUUAACCCAAUACCUGCGCAGCUUUGUGACAAACUUAAAGCCAUGGGCACACGAACACCAAGCCUCGCCUGUACCUCACGCAUGGGCACAGGCAUAUCACCCGCGCAGCGUUCCCAAGACAGUCCUAUGGGGUUCCAUAGUGGAAUUCGACCCAACGCCAUACAGUCUCCUCACUUGAAACCUCCGAAAUUAUCAAAAUAAAGGGUCAAAGAAAAUGUCUGAAGAACGACAGGGAAUAAGUAGACUGCAUAAUAGGUUUUUUCUAAGCACCCGUGCAACUUCUGACCGGGCUAGUGUUCAUGAUUACCUACGCAAAAAUACGUGCUGUUUGACAGCCUAGGAAACAACCCUAGAUGUCCACUUUGUUAAGAGGGAGACGUUUUGAAAUCACUUGCUAGAGCUAUUUCAAAACAUUUCCGACUUAUAGAUUCUUAAUAUUGUCUCUUAGUAUUGUCGGUCUUAGCUCCGACAGAACACUUUUAAGCCUUUAGAGAUCAAUAAACGAGCAGAAGUGUUUUACUGAGAACGAGCUUCUAAAUCGGUCUCAAAAAUGUUCAUUAGAUCUGUUCGUUCUUUACAUAUUCUUAUUAUGGUUACCUUUUUCCGAAAAAAAUUAAAAGCAAUUUUUCAGUCAUGUUUUGUCAGAGUUAUAGAUCCUCAUUAUUUAACCAUUUCCUUCCUUUGCACUAUUCUUAUGAAUUACUUAUGAGCGUUGAAAUUUAAAUAAUGCAAUAUAAUGUAAGUCGACUUCUAUAAGUAAUGAAGACCACUUCAAUUUGAAUCAACUAAACAGAACCUGACUUGACGAAGGGUCUUGUCCAAGUAGAAACAGUGUGUCACUAUGUACUCGGCCGUAGUCAAAUGUCCUCAAGAAUGAAGUCGAUGCCUUUUCAUUCUUCAUUUCAGUUUUUACUGCUGUAUUUGUCCACUAGGUUUCUUUGACCUCAAUAACCAGUCAGGAAUAUUAUCACUGUCCAGACAACUUGAUUUUGAGACCGCUGUCCAGUAUGUACUCAACAUAUCAGCUUCAGACCUAGGGGAGCCUCCUCGUCAAACCUUCACUAACAUCACUGUUCAUGUUAUCGAUGUUAAUGAUAACUCUCCGAUGUUUCAGCCGAGGAGUUUGCGUGUUUCUCUUGUAGAGGUGAGAUCUUUUAUUUGACUACCACUGAUAAUCGUUGUUGGUUUUGUAUUUCUGGCGUAUGUAAAAUUGGCUAAAUGUAAGAUAUAUAAACUAAAACCUCUUACGCUGCAAUAAAUUUGUUCCACUGUUUAAAACGUUUGAUUAAGUUCUUGAUCGAAUCCAUCCAUAUGAAUAGUAUGUUAAUUGAUUUAUCGUUGUGUCUACCAAGGAUGAUACAACUUUUCGACUUUUUGAAUCAGAGCCAUCUUAAUUCCACUACCACCAGAGUGAAUUAUAGAGGCAUGUUACGUAGAGUUGCCUUCUUGGUGAACUCCGUUACCGGGAAAUGAACAGUCCAAAGACUAUUGCAAGCCUGAUGACAAUGUGUAUUUAUAGCUUUUUUAAACAUUACCUCGGCUGAAAAAUACACGUUAUCAUCAGCUUUGCAGUCUUUGGACUUCUUGUCUUUUUUUCAAUUUGUUUAGCUGAUUAGAUCUCUUUUUAUGAGAUCCCAAGUUGACGACCAGCAGGAUUUUCGUCCACGGUUUUCUUUUGUCCGGAAAAUUCGCCCGCUCUCCACCCUCACCUCGGGCAGGAACAAAGACCACCGAACUUGAGAGAGCGGAGAAAACUGAACGUAACUUCUGAAUUUGUCAUAUAGAUCUCUUAGGUUGACUAUUCAAAUUACCCUUUUUCAGUAUGCAGCUUUUUUUUCACACUUUCACGUGGUACUAUUUGUCCUUCACGAUUUUACGAAAUUAAAUUUGCCGGGAAUGUUUUCUUUGAUCACUGUCAGGGCUCCUAAGGAGUAAAUAACACUUCAUUAAGGUUUCCUUCCUUUUAUUAUUUCAGGAUGCUUCACUUGGUUCGUUUGUCGCUCAGUGUAAUGCUACAGAUUCCGAUGCAGCCUCAAAUGCGCAAAUAACUUAUCACAUUGUAGAGGGCGAGAACAACAAAUUUUCCAUCGAUAAUACUACAGGCGUUAUAACCACAAGUGGAGAGUUUGACAGAGACACCGGCGUAAAGGAGUAUAUGGUAAGCAGUAUUUUUCCCCACAGUGCAAAGGAAAGUGUUGCCUCGACUUUGUAAUAAUCGAGACAUGAAUUUGAAUUGACGUGUGUGAUCUUAGAAAGAAAAUGUGUCAUUAAGAAUUCUUUGCAAUUGCAAUUGCAAAGAAUUCACAGGCAGACAAUUCUUAUGGUAAAAAAAAAAUAACCCGCAGAUGAACCGGCAGUCAGGUUCGACUUAGUUAUAUUCAAACCAGCACGAACAAACUAUACUUGUGUUUGUUGAUUUGCUUAAAAAAAUCGUAGCCGUGGAUUGGAUUUAUAUGCAGGCUCUAUUUUCCUUUGAUGUCUGUUUUAUGAACAUUCCAUGCCACUAACAGUUUUUUUCGUUUUUUUUUGCUGUGUUUUAGCUCGUUAUCAAGGCGCAGGAUGGAGGACAACAUCCCCGUGCUGAUAUUGGUUUUGUUAUUGUGAGCAUUACCGAUAAAAAUGAGCACUCUCCAGUGAUAUCACCUUUAUCCUAUAUAGGAGGUGGGAUAUUCCUAAUAUACGAAAACAACAAGAGUAAUAUCAGUAUUUUACAGUGGCAUUGAGAGUGAUGUUAACACAUAUCACUUCCUAAUGAAGAAACCAGGAUGAAACAUCCAUCGGUAAAACCAAUGAUAACAAUUGAUAGCGUGGCAUCAUCCUCAUGAUUAUCAUCAUCAUCAUCAUUUUGUUUGAUAAAGCAAGUUAUAAAAGUGCGAGCUGAAGUGGAUGUGCUCUAGCAAUACAGACAAAUAUACACACACACAGGAAUGAUAGACCACGCCGCCAGGUUCUACCUCCCCUAAUCUUUGCGAACAGCUCGCGAGUGAGUUCUUUUACAUCAAGAGCAAGGGCCCUGAGUCACGUGGCCUACGGUUUAUCCGAGAAGGCAAGAAUUAAAAAAAUAUUUCUACCAUUACCCUGGCUGCACUGUCUCCUCAGUGUUGUUUGUGAUUAUUGCUCUGACCAGGGUUUGAAACCGUGGCAAAGUAUAUAUUAAAUCAGACAACAGCUCAAUUAUUGCUUGAAACCGUCUGGAGGAAACCGGAUAAAGGCGGAAGAUUAUCUCAGUCGUGGGUGACCAUAAUGCACAUUAUUUGCCUUCUAUGUUUUUUUUUUUUAUUUGUGUUAUCUCUAAAAUUUUAAUUCCAGGUGUUUACAAAGAAACGACGUACUAUUCGCUUGUGGCGACUGUCAAGGUAACCUUUCAUAGUUUUAACACUGAUUUUCAGAACAUCCUAGGUCUCAUACUUGUAGUAAAGUCAUUGAUGAUAGUUUCAACCUCCCACCACUGAAGACAAAUAACUCCCGCAUACAUUCACCUUUGAUUCCAUGAACAAAACUUCCGAACCGCGAAGGUUUACGAAGCAACUGUUCCCUUCUUUGGCUUUUUUAUUAUUAAUUAUAGAAAGUAAAAUUUUAACUUUCUUCUUUCUCCCGGACCCUGUCCUCUAUUCGUAAUAAAAUAACUCAUUCACCUGUUUCUUCAGGCAUCUGAUGUAGAUUCUGAUUUCAACUCUAACAUUUCCUAUCAAGUUGUCAGUGGGGUUGGCAUAGAGCUGUUUCACGUGGAACCAACUACCGGUCACGUGAGAGUUACCUCCUCAUUAGCUGAUAAAAAAGGGUCAAAGUUCACAUUACAAGUUAGCGCAUCAGAUGGGGAAAAAUUAACGACAGAUAACGCUGUAGUGGACGUAAGUUCUUCAACGUUCCUUCCCAGGGUUCUCGUUCACCCGUCCCUCCUCCCCAUUCUCUCGCCCCGGUGGACGAGUAGGGGAGAGAGCCUUGGGAACAAGGUUGAACUGUCAUGUUUAUUUAAAAGUUGUAUGUUCGAUCCGUUGUUGUGAACAUGUAUUGUUUGGUAAUUUCAUUUUAUAACGUGGUAAAUAAAUAACAAAUGCCUGUCCCUUCUCAAGAAAGUAAUUUUCAGCACAGAAACUUUUUCAUGAUAUACAACUGGAAGUCCUGAAUGAUGUUACAGUGGAACUCCGCCUUACCCGACACCCCGUUAAUUCGACCACCUAGUUAUUACGACCAAGAUUUUAUUAUGGCCCAACGGGGUCGCAUUAACGGGGCUCCACAGUGUAUUGCUUUUCUGAUCUCACCGUUUUUUCAAACCAAAGGUAGGCUAACUGUUGUUUGCCGGGUUUUUAUGCUACUUUCCUACAGAUAUUUGUUCUCCGAGAUCAGGAUGCUGUCACUUUGAAGGCUGGUGUAACUGCGCAGGAGAUAACCAACAAAAGAAUAGAAUUUCUGUGGUAAGAGAAAUUAGAAAAUCAAACCACUAUAAAGUGUUUAUUAGUGGUUUACUAGGCAGUAUUGGAAGGUUCAUUUGAGAGGCCAGCACCUGGAAGGAAGAUGGCUCAAACGUUGACAAUUUGGCUAAUACCAACCAAAAUUAAUGACAUUUCGAGUGAGAGAGGUGUUCGUGAAAUUUUUUAUUUAUUUUAUUUAACCGGUUUUUUUGUUUUAAAUAAUGUUUUAAAUAAUGUCAGAGUCUUGCUGCUGAUUUUCAUCUACGUACCAUUCAGUUUGGCACUUUUCUCUGUGAAAAUGAGCAUCCAAGAUGAUGGAUCGAAAAAUGACUGCAAAACAAGGAAACCGGCACUUAAGCACAGACACCUUCAAGUUUCAUUUGCGCAGCUUCAGUAUUCAAGUAAUUAUUUACAAGAGAAGAAACCUGAGUCUUAACAGGGUACAGUAUGAGAGAGUGAAUAGAGCAAAAGGAUUUAAGAACUGCAUUUUGUUGUAUAUCUCCAAAGGGACUGUUCUUUUCUUCUGUCUACGAACUCUAGUUGCAUAUUUUGUCGGAUUUGGCCUUCUUACAAGUAUCAUACCCUUUCAAGUUUUAUUCGGUUUAUUAAGGUCUAGCAGUGACGCCAUUUAUAUACGCAUUUCGUUUACUUCCAUUUGUUACUUGACUGGUAGGAUGCUUGAAGCUAUAACUGGAGGAAAGCCAUUUAUUAAGUAUUUACAGCAAGAAAAUGGAAACAAUGUGUGAGUAUUCACUACAAAUAGGAUAUUGCGUCUCUUGAAGGUACUGAUAUAUUAAAUAUAUUGAUCACCCAGAAAUUUCUCUGUGACUUUUGAGACAACUCUGUUCACAAGCAGUUAAACUUGAUCUAGCAAUUAAGAAACGUUUGCACGAGUUGUCUAUGAUGUGAUCCGCUGUUAAGAGCUAGAAAAACACGAUAAAUAAUACAAAGAAAUAAGGAAGAUAAUUUGGCUCUUUCCAGAACAUAUUCUAACCUCAAAUGCCAACUUGCAUUGCAUCGCGAGUUACACAGGUUGCAAGUUAUAAAACACAUAGAUAAUUUUUCUGUUUCAAAUGGCCUGCAUGCAUUGCGGCAUCAUCAUGCAUGAAAAAGUUCAAGACAAAGUGCGAGUUACAAUUUACACGUUUCAAGUGCCCUGUAUAAUCGGCUUAGGUUGAAGGUCCUGCAGGGCUUUCGCCUUACUCUUAUCAUGACAGGAGUUUUUUACUACUUUCUUGAACUUUUCUAGAACAUUGGUGACCUUCCAUGUGGUCAGUGGUAACCGAGCGAUGACAGGCGAUGAAAUCAUAAGGUAGUAUGCAAACUCCUGCGCAUGCACGAAAUGUAUCCUAUAUAAACUAUGAAUCGAAAACUUGCUCUGUCGAAAACGUGGCUCCUAUUUCCCACUGUUUUUGCCCGGUCGUGUGGAAAGAUUUUGACAGGAUAGCUUGGGAAAAUUCCCGGACUAAGUGUAUAGGAAUUAACCAGGUUGCAGAGACACGUCGCAAACCGAACAGAGGAAAGAAGGUAUAAAAGGAGGGCAGGCCUCCUGACUUUCAGUUCAGUUUGAGAUUGUCCUCUGGCCUGUCCAAACUGUGAAAGAGUCUGUUAUACCUUUAUUGAUUUUCACAGCGACAGAAAACACUGUUCUCAAAUGUCAACCUCAUCGGCACUACUCCACGGUUCUCCGGGAACGAGGGAUGCUUACCAAAGGAUUAUGCUUAUUACUAUGGCUUUUCUCUUAAGGCUCGGCCUCGAUUAUGACCGUGUAUUCGUGUUGUUUCGUUGGAAAAGUAAUUUUUCUCUCCAGUGAUUCUCUCCACUUAGUCAUUUAAAUGCAUACUGCUUAGUUAUCCUCGCGUAAACGGCCUAGAAUAGAUAACUUUCAUCCCAGUGGAGUUUAGCACUUCUCCUAUUACUAAGUGCUAGACUGAAACGAGGGCUCCCUCUGCGUUGGGAUGUUUGGCUUCCGUGUUUCCAGUGCAUGUGCCUUAUGAUAUUGCCGGUAUAUUUUGAUGAGUGCAAUCGUCUCCCAGUUGAAAUAAAUGAAUUCUAAUUCAUUUCCCUCAUAUUUCUUCAGAUCCUUUUCAGACAAUAAGGAAGUUUUGGACACUACUUAUAAACAGUGGAAUAUCCAAGGUUUCCAUUCCCCCGAGCCUUCUGUCGAGGCUCGUACAGAAAAUGAGGAUGGGCUGUCAGCGGUGGCUGGAGCAUUGAUAUGCCUGGGUGUUAUUAUUGGCGUUGGGGCAAUAAUCAUGCUCAUUGUGCUAAUGCGGUUAGUGAAUAUUUGGGUUAUGGAAUGUUCCCAUAUAUUAGUAGUCCAAUGUAACACACAAACAAAUUCAGAGGCUAUACUUCAGCAGUGUAUGUAUGCAUGCGGCGGAUCCAUACCUUCAGAUAAGGAGGGAGGAGGGGGGGGGGUCAUGAAUACCCUGAGAAAAGUCGGGGGGGUCUCAAAAAAAAAAUUUUUUAGGCCCUUCGGGCCUCAGUUUGGUCCUAAAAUAAGGGGAAGCCUGGAUCCGCCACUGAGUUGAGAUAGUUGUUAGAUCUUUAAUCCUGCUCCUGGGGAUUUUCGUGAAGGUAUCCGGUUUUCCUCACUCAUUAUCGUCAUUUUUAUUUGUUCUUAUUCCAUAUAAUAUUUCUAAUGCAAUUUUUCGAAAAUGGAAAUGAUAUAUUGGACACUUUAAAAGCAGGUAAGGUCGAGAUUGUUGGGAAUUGAACUACUAAAUUGUUUUAGGAACUUCUUUUAUGCUCACUUUUAGUUCCUUGACCGAUUUUUCAGAGGCACUAAACGGGAAUUUUUUUUCUAAAUAGGCUUCCGUCAAUCGUCUUGGCGCAUUUGCACAACAAUUCACUACAUGUCCAGAACCAUCACACCGCUGACAAACAAUUCCCUGUUGCUAUUUUGCAGGAGAAAGAAAAGAGGCCAAAGUCCUUUUAAGAAAAAGAGGCAUCCUCGAGUGACGUUUAACGACAGUCCGUUUUAGUAAGUUCAUAAAUCUACGUCCUUGCGCUUAAUGUUAACUUGGAUAGGAAGGAAAGGGUAAUGGGAUCUCCAAUGAAUGAACUGAAAUUUGGUACCUAUAGUAUGUCCAGUCAAUGACUCACCUCCCAAGGGAAUAUGCAGCUUAAAGGGUGCCUUAUUUAUUAUUCAUCUGUGUUUGCUUUUUUAUAAGGCACUAAAUUAACGUCACCCACGGAGAUAAUGUUUGGCGUUGUUUUUCUUUUGUUCAUGGAAAAGGUAGGACUAGGUAAUAGUAAUUCGUACGCAGUUAAGUUGGCAAUCGUGUUUUUCCCCUCUUUAUGGAUGUAAUGAUAAUUUAAGUAAUGUCCAAUACCUCACAGAGUUAAAAAGUCGGAUCUGCGUUCAAUUAGAGACUGCCUGGCCAUGACAGAUGGCAGCUUCGGACAGCUGUCAGGUCAUGUUCAUGAAUUAGCCAUCAUACUAGAACACCGCGCAUGCUUGAGGUACUGGCCCACCAUUCUGGCCAGAUGUGUACAUUUCAUAUGCUUGAGGUGUUGGCCCGCCAUGUUGCCUAGAUGUGUAUACUGCGCAUGCUUGAGAUACUGGCCCGCCAUGCUGCCGAGAUGUGUAGUCAAAUUUUCCAUUAUUACAAUAUACCAAAAUGUGUUCUCCCACCUUCUGUAUUCUUGUUUGAUACUCACUGAAAAAGCUCGUCCUUGUCAGACCUAAAAUCUCUGAUGUGUUUCUUGUCUUUAGCAUCGACCCUGAUCCUAGUGCCAUGGCAACAAACCAAGUGGAGAGAGCUCAGGUAACAUACAUACUCAGUUCAAACAUAACAAUUACCAAUUCUGAUUUUCAUUUUCUUUUUUUUUUGUUUUAGGAAGCACAAGAGGUGAUAGUUCACAUACCUGCUGAGGACGACAGCUCACUUGAGGGAAGUGACACAAGCUCUCAAAAGGACAUCAAGGAUUUUGUGAAUUUUGGAUACGCCGCGAGAAUGGCGGCGAUGAAGGAGCAAGACCCAGAUGAAUUUGAUGAUAUAGACCAGAACAUGUUCUUUCCACCUCCUCCUACAGGACCACCUCCAGCACCGCCCGAUUCAGACUCCGAUGAAGGAAACACCGACUAUGAGAUCGCAGACGCUUCCGUGAUUUACGGAGAUGGGUUCGUCAAACAUGAGGAUAAUACGGAGGUAUAUCGGUCUGACGACGAAAGUGACAUUGAUGGGAUUGUAUUAAGCCAGUCACCUACGAACUCCACCACGGGCAGCACAGAUCAACUUGUACGCAAUGGCGGUCCGAAAGUUGCGUUUCCUCCUGGCUCUUUUCUUAGGCGAUUUUCUAUGACUGAAGCUACAACUGACCUUUGAGCAGCUGGCUGCUACAAGUGGGUUCUUUGCGGGAGAGAAACUUUGGAGACUCGGACACUUGUCAUGAGUGAUCCGUUGUUAGUCACUGCUUAGGGAACUUCAGCGAAACUUCAGUGCGCCGGGUUGAAAGCUACCUGGGCUUGUGUGCAGGCACACAGAGAAUUUGUAGGAUAUUUGUGUAAAUAGAGCUAGUUAUGGAAGGUUGACAGUUUUCAAACGCGGUCCAUUCGCCAAUUAUAGCGCUUUUUUGUUAUUAAAAGAAUAAUCAACCUUGGGGCAUAAGCUUGAUGUUUAAUCUCCAAAUUUUUAGAAGGGCUUAAAAUUCCCCUUUUUAAAUUUUUCAUUACGUAGAUGUUUAUAAAACUUGGGUGCUUACCAUUCACCCAAACUAUUCCUGGCGCCUGGCGGAUAUCUGCUGCAUAAACAUAAAACCAGAAAAUUUGAUGCGGUAGGAGAACGACCCGUUACAGAGCAUAUGCAAAUGAGCUGAAGAGACUAGAAAGAGUUGAUGUGAUUGGAUUGCCUCAAAAGGCAGCCAUUGGAGCGAGGUCGGGUUUUUCCAGGCAAAUCAUGUUAGGUACGCCUUGUCAACCACGGCAUGCAUGCAAUGGCAUGCAACAUGGGUAGUGGACUACAGAUUUUGGUGUUUUGUUCUCAUUGGCUGUUGAAGUAAAAAAUCACGUGUCUUCUGUUGAAAAAUUUUACACAGCAUCCUACAUCUAAAGGAAUAUGUGGUGUUUCGAAUCCCUCUUUAGAAAUCACGAAAUUCAAAGAGAGCAAUAAGCGGAAGUUGCAUGCCUUAUUCUUUUACAAGAAGUAUUAUUCUGUCAUGAAUCGUUUCUGUGGAGUUACUCAAUUCCUUUAUUUUUUUAUGUGAAUCUGGAUGUCGGUUUUCCGAAAGAAACAAAACUCGCGUCAAUUUAUUUGCAGUAUCAUGACAUUCUAGCCUUCUUAGGGAUUUGAGCAAAGUAAAAUAAUGUGUCACAUAAGUACAGGCAUAUAUAAAGGACAAGUUUUUAUUUUUUAUCUAAAAUACUUACCUGUAAUUUUUCUAGUAAAAAUAUUGUUAUUAAUAGAAACGUUAUUAGCUCGUGGUUUUUGGCAAUAACGUCCAUCUACACUCUUCGACACCUUGAUUUGUAAAGUUUUUCUCAGGCUUAUCAGUCUGAGUGAUUUCUUAUUAAGCACAGACGAUAUAUUUUUUUAAAAAAUCAAGAAAUAGAAUUUAUAUUUUUAGGAAUGUUAAUAUUAUUUUAGGUAGUUUUUAAUUAGAAAAAUUUAUGUUAUGGUAGAAGUUGACAUGGGAGGUCAAAAUUCACUUUAUUGUGUAUGAUCAGCGUAAAUGUACAAGCAUUAUCAAUAAAUGAAGACAAUGAAUAUGC